UUGAAUCCAGGUAAAUUCUUUACCUUGAGGGAGAAAGACAGAAGGCAAGCUGCAAGACUUAGAGCUAUGUUCAAUGAUGUUUUGUGGAAGAUGGUCAGUGAUGAGGAUGAGCAAACAAAGAUUAGUAAACAGGCAGAUGACUACGAAAGAUCCGAAGGGGAAUGCUUUUCAAAGGCAGGAGCAAUAAGAGAAAGAGAGAAAAAAAGUCCUAUCCUAUGGUGGGGUGCAUAUGGAGGACUGGCAUAUGAACUACAAAGCCUAGCAAAAAGGGUUAUAAGCCUCUGUUGUGCAGCUUCUGGUUGUGAGAGAAAUUGGUCAGACUUUGCAGCAGUCCAUACAAAAAAGAGGAACCGACUAGAACACCAGAGGCUUAAUAAAUUGGUCUAUGUCAGUUACAACAGAAAGAUGGAAAAUAGGUUUCGCACACUAAGAGAGCUGGGAUCCAAGGGAAAAAGAAGCAACCCACUGGUGCUUGAAGAGUUUAUGUGGGAAAAUGAAUGGGUUGAAGAAAAUAAUGAAGCUGAUGGUGAUAGCAGCAUAUGGCAUGCUGUGGAUGAGGCAUUAGGGGCAACUCAUGCUCUCCAAGGCAGAAAUUUGCCAAGAUUAGCUGCUGCAGGUGCUGCUUCAAGUUCUCGGCCUCAACGAACCUAUGUUAGGACAAGGAAGCGUUCAAGAAAUGCAGCAGCACAAGAUAUUGGAGAAGAUGAUAGUGAUGCUCAAGAAGAUGGUAAUGCUACAGCAGAUGCAGAAGAACAACAAGAACAACCACUAGAAGCAACUAGAGAUAUGGACCAAGAUGAAUCUGAAUCUGGAGGAGGGAAAGCUGCUGCUAAUGCUUUUUGCUUGGAUGCUGAUCUGCUCUAGGUAGCAGACUAGCAGGUACUCUAUAUUCAGUAUAUUGUUUCACACUUUCACUUAUGUUAUAUUGUUAUGUUACAUUCACUUCCAAUUGAAAGCUGCUACUGUUAUAUUUCA